AUGAACUUGGCCAUACCGCCGAGAUUUAAGAGCACCAGGAUACCUCCAUACGACGGAAGUCAGGACCCAAAAGCCCAUUUAGAGGCUUUUAAAACUGAGAUGCUAUUCAACGGGAUUACUGGACCUAUUAAGGCCAGGAUCUUUGCGACAACACUGUCUGGUCAAGCAAUGACCUGGAUAACCAGGCUCCCUAGGAACUCAAUCGACUCAUUUGAAGACCUAGCUCGGACUUUCCGACUUAACUUUGCAACAAGCAAAGUACAUCCGAUGCCAGCCUAUGCUUUGGGAAGAAUCCGGCAGAAGGAGAACGAAUCGCUGAGGAAGUACCUCGAUCGAUUCAAGGAUGCCACCCUCAAGGUACGAGGGUUAACUGAAGCAGUGCACCUCCACUUAAUCAUUUCGGGAUUGGAUGGCGACUCCCCAUUGGCGAGAUCUAUCUAUAAGAACCCGGUGAAUGAUCUGGAGGAGUUCAUGAGAAGGUCGGACAAAUACAUUGACGUGGAGGACAUGCAAAAGGUUUAUGUCGAAUCACGAGGACGAAGCCCUACACGUCGGAGCCCGAGUAAGAAAAACAACAAAGACCGGGACCAGAAGGGAUCCAAAAAAGCAAAGGACACUCGUGAUAAAAGGUCGAAAGACCGAUCACCAAGGAGGAGGUAUGACGAUUAUACACCUUUGAACGUGUCCAGAUCCAAGAUAUGGAAAGAGGUAGCACAGACCGAAAUCCGCAAUGUCGAGAGACCUCGACCCCUCAAAGCCAAGUUCGGAUUAGAUAGAAGCAAAUAUUGUGCAUUCCACGACCAAAACGGUCACUUUACGGAUGAUUGUUGGGACCUUCGAGAUGCAAUUGUAAAGCACGUCAGGGAGGGAAAAUUAAAGCAGUAUAUCAUCCGAACACAGGGCAAGAAAAAUAAUAAGCGCAAGCAAAGAAGCCGAAGCCGAAGUCGAAGCCCAAAGAGAGAGGAUCGAAAGGACCAAAGACAAGACCGACCUGCCAAAGAAAAAUAG